AUGCCUUUGAUAACUUUCACAGGUUUGCCGUCUUCUGGUAAAACUACUUGGGCAAAGGAGUUGCAGCGACAACUUCAGAAGAAAAUCGAAACUGCAAAGGAAUCAAAUACACCUGGCCAUAAUUACAAUAUCAUAUAUCAUUCAGAUGAGACACUAGGAAUUUCUCACGAUGUGUAUAGAGAUUCGAAUCUCGAGAAGCACGCCAGAGGGAACCAGAUGUCUGCUGUGAAAAGAGAUCUUUCUCGGUCGAAUUUCGUCAUAUUGGACUCUCUUGCAUAUAUCAAAGGAUUCAGAUACCAGCUCUUUUGUGAAGCCAAAGGAGUAGUAACCCCACAUUGUGUGAUACAAGUGAUUAACCCAAUUGAAAAAUGUAUAGAAUGGAACGAGUCAGAAAGCAAGGAAAACAAAUGGGAUCAAGAUCUCGUCCAUCAACUCCUAAUGAGAUAUGAAGAACCAAAUGGAGAUUCAAGGUGGGACUCUCCGUUAUUCACCAUUUUGUCAGCAGAUGAAAAUGAAAAGCUUCCCAUAGAUGAAAUUUGGGAUUCAUUGGUUUUGAAAAGACCUCCACCUCCCAACGCUGCUACUCUAGUCAAACCUACCUCGGGAAACAACUUUUUGCAAGAGUUGGAUAGACAAACACAAGAAGUCAUCAGUAAGAUUCUCCAGCAUCAACAAAUCACAACUGUCGGAGGUGAAGUUCUUGUAAACAAAGACCAACAGUUGGUGGUUGAGUUGCCACCCACUCCUGUGAGUAUUGCCCAAAUGCAACGUAUCAGAAGAACAUACAUCAGUCUCAAUAGAAUGAGAUCUGUGGACAUCGAUAGAAUAACGCCACUAUUUGUCGAAUAUGUAAAUAGAAGUCUCAAUAGCGAUUAA